CCGCCUGAUACCGUCACUUUCGGCCAGCCUUCAACAACCACAACUUGGGGCAAGGAGAAGCGCGACAAUGCUGGUCAGCCAGAUAAUAUCAUAACCAUCGGGAAGCCAACCACAGUCGUGACAUGGGGCAAGGAGAAGCGUGAUGAUGCAGGUACUCCGGAUAAUAUUGUAACUCUUGGACAACCGUCAACCGUCACAACCUGGGGAAAGCGAGACAGCGAGCACAAGAACCCACCAGAUAUCAUUACGCUUGGUCAACCAUCCACGACCAUAACAUGGGGAAAGCGAGACAGCGAGCACAAGAGCCCACCAGAUAUCAUUACGCUUGGUCAACCAUCCACGACCGUAACAUGGGGAAAGCGAGAAGUUGGGAAAAAAAACCCACCCCACAUCGUUACAAGCCCGCCAGAUACCAUCACGCUUGGCCAACCAUCCACAACCAUAACAUGGGGGAAAGAGAAGCGUGACGGAAUUGAGUUUGGCAAACCGAAGGACACAAUCACACUCGGCAAGCCCGAUUCCACCAUCACCUGGGGU